GCAAACUUUGGAGCCGGCCAAGUAGUCGGUUUGUGUUGGGAACAGUUCCAAGCACCAACUCGCCAUUUAGCUCAGUCAUUCGUUGCGGUAGCCCUAGUAAGACCUAGUCGCGCUCGCGCACAUACUGUUGCGCGGAAGCUCCCCAAGAACACUCAUAUCGUUCAUAUGCCGUAUCACAAUCGCUACAAGAUAACCCAUCUGUUAUAAUAUAGUGCCAUAAGCGCGUAUGUGGAAAAUUCGUCGCGAUUUGGGGUGUCGUGGCUCAUUCCCCCAUUCAGGUUGCUACUAGCAAAGCUCUAGUAUCGUACGGUUUCAGCUGUUGUCUGUCGGUCGCUAGAAGGUGUCUUUUGGAAGUAGCCAACGUACUAUUGCACUCGAAAGAAAAUUGGGAAAACUAAAGCAGAAAACGGAGGCGACAAGUGCCGGUCGAAAGGUCACACAUGUCCUAGGCUGGUAUCUGGUUGGGGUGGAAAUUUGACACCUUCAAAAAGAAGUCGGUACACUUGGCGCGAGGGGUUGAUAUUGCCAUUUUCGCUACAGUGUUGCGUAACGGCCGAUAUUGAAAUUGUGACACUUUUCCGUUGGCAAUUUAAUAGAACGUGCAAUUUUUUUUUUCAAAGUGAGCAUUUUAGCGACUGCGAGAUUGUUCGCAAAUCUAUUGCCUUUCACUCAUAAAAGUGCUUGAUUGUGGUUGAAGUUCUGAACGACUCUCCCCAACCGAAAUUCUGUGGAUUAUAAUUCGUCGAGCUGCAUUAGGCGGUCUCAUCAGCAAAAAGUUCGCGCUGUUGGGCUCAGUGAAUUUCCAUGCGGUGUGACACUGAUAAUCAAAGAUAAAACUCAUAAAAAUGAUGUCACCACAAAGUAUUCUAAUCGGAUUUGCCAUAUUAGUUUCAUCACUAAACCCAGCGAUCUCAUUUGACUGUCCGGACUUCUGUACAUGCACUGUAGCACAAGAUAAUGGCGCUCUUCAGAAUCAUGCAAAGUGCCACAGCCUUGAAGGACUUAUAGCUGUCGAAGGGAAGCACAUCCCGCUCCAUUCCUUGGAUCUAUCGAAUGCAAAUCUGACACGGAUAACGAGUCACUUGGAAAAGUUCCGGGACCUUGUUAUGUUAGAUCUGUCGAACAAUCAACUAUCCGAGGUUGGAAAACUGGGAAGGAGAAUAAAGACAUUGAAUCUUAGCCACAAUAAAAUUACAUCAGGGAAAUUAGGGAAAAUUCCAAAUUAUGUGGAGAACUUAGACUUAUCUGAAAAUGAAAUCACAUAUCUGCCGUUGGACCUGAAGAAACUACAUUCCCUUAAAUCAAUAGAACUGACUGGAAAUGCUAUAAAUUGCACGUGUGAGACGUUAGAGAUAAGAAAUUGGCUGCAAGAGCAUCAUGUUUGGACAGACAACCACAUUAAAUGCACAUAUCCACUGUCAGCCAAGGGCAAGCCCUGGUUACAUGUUAAGCAGUCAGAUAUUUGCGACGACCACAAGGAUGAAAUUGUUCUCUAUAAGGAACAAGAACUAGCCAGCGAUGACGAGAAUGAACUUAUGCUGGGCGACCAGCCUAUCGAAAGUGAAGGUUCCGGUCAAGGCAACGAUGACGAAUUGGGGAAAGAUUUCUUGCCCGUUGAUGACAAAAAGGAUAAGAAAACAGAGGAUACCAUUGAUAUCAACGCGGAAGAAGGAUCUGGAGAAAUUUUCCCAAUAAACGAACUGGACAAAACAUCCGAUGCUGCGAAUGGAUCAGCAAUUACGGAUGUCGUCGAUGGAAUACCACCUGAAAUUGGAUCAGGUGGCAACGAACUUGAAGAUGAUGAACAAGGAAGACUCAUGGAAGAUGAUGAUGAAGGUUCUGGUAGCGGUAUGAUUGCAUAUAUACCGAAAAUUCAACUGGAAUCGGAAGCAGAUAACAAAAAUGAUGACGAUGAUAUUGCCGACAAUGAAAAGGACGAAAAUACGCCAGUUCCACCACCUCAGGAGGAGGUGACAAAGUCGCCUGAUGACAUUUUUGGACCGGGCUUAGGAAUUAUGACAUCAGAAGAAGUGACCAAAGCACCAGUUGUGGAAGAACCAAUUGUGGAAAAGAAAGUCGCGACUGUGGAUCAAGCGAAGCCUGGAGAUGAAGUGGAUGGACCCGUCGCCAGUGAAGCUGCUGAAGGAGUACCCAAGACAGCAGAAAAGGAAAAUAUGGUGGCUGGAGAAAGUAAUAGACUUGAGGAAGCAAAUAGUGGAGCUAGUAAAAAUACAUAUAUUUUAUUGGUGGUUGUGCUAGUCUUACUGGUUGUGCUAAUUGUAUUUGUGGCAGUCAAACGGCGAAAGGCAAAUCGCAGGCGCCAAAGUGACGUUGAAAAUCCUCGGGCAACAGAACUCGUCGAUAUGAAUAAAAAGAACCUCGGUAAACCACUCAACAAGAACGGAGCUCCAGAACAUAUUCCUCUUAUAGGCGAUCGUGACAAGUCUGACUUAGCGAAACCAAUCAAUGGUGACAAAAAGACUCCUUACUCACCCAGUGAUGAAAAGGAUCCUAAAUCACAAGAGCCACUCCUGAAAGACGGCGAAGCCACCACCGGACCUGAAUCGAACAACAACGUCGCAAACGAUGCUGUUUCCCCGCAAGUUGCCAAACCAGUAGAGAGUCAACCAUCAGCUCAAAAUGUUGAACCAGUUCAUAAACCCAAAAGUCCAAGAGACCCAUAUCGAAAAACAGACGGCAUUCCUCCUAGCGAUGACGAAGUCUUCCUGCCAGCUUCUGCACCGACUUCGAACCCCUCGUCACCAAAGGCUUCCAGAUAUAGUCCGGUUUACUCGCCCGAAACAGGACGUGUGAAAAUCAAACUGCUGGAAACACCCAAACCCAAGACUCCACUCCUGGUAAACCGAACCAGAUCGAAUGCCGGCGACGUAAUCACAACCCCCAAUGGCAAUAGUCUGCGGUCGCCCGACCAAAGUCAUUGAGACUAAUCCUCCCCCUAAGAAACAUUUAAUUUAGAUUCUUUAUCGUUUUCUUUCGUAAAUUAAAAUACGCGGAACAAAAUUUUCAUUGAAUUUUCCAUGGUAAAUUUUAAGUACUGCUCCGUAAGGGCACAAGGAAACGGGUGGACCAUUUUAUUGUGCCUUAGCUCAACAUUUUUUCAUAAAUUCACGCCGAGAAAUUGAGCCGAAUUGUGUUCACAUUCAUCAAGUAUUGCAUUUUCGAGGUACUUAAAAUAUGCCAUUGGAAAAAGAUUCCUAUUACGAUAUAUCCUGUGCAUGUGUGUGCGUAUCUUUUAAGAAGGAAAAGUAAAUUCUAAUACGUAGAACUGAUAUCCUGCAUGGAAUGCAUUGAGAAGCGAAUUCAGUCUAAAUUUCAUGGUGUUAGUCGUUGUUACCAUCAAAUUGUACUUUAUCAAGCAAAAAUUGUAAAAUGUGUAAAAAAAAAGAAACAAAUAUGUGAAGGGUGGCCCUGCUCCGCCCUUACUACUGCUACUAUUACUAUAAAUAUUUUAGAUUCUAAAAUAUUGUUUUUUAUUGUUUUGUUUCUAUCAUUAUUUUACUAUUAUAUAAUUUUUAUUUUUAACGUUAAAGAAGUAAAUUAAGUAAGUUAUAUGUAAAGAAACAAAAAAGGGCAUAAGAGUUAAAACUUACUUUAAACGAAUGCGCUGCAGAGAAGGGUAACUCCUCUAAAAUAACAGUUUUUUGUAAAAUAGCAAGAUAAAGAUAAAGUUUAUAUUAAAUAAUGCUAGUGAAGAAACAAUACAGAGUGAGGAAGUAAAUCAAAUGCCAAAAGAUGAAGACGUGCGAGCCUAGUGAAAAUACGUUUUAAUGUAAAAUAUGAGUGACGAGUCAAAAUUUUAAUUCGUAUUAAAAGAAUUUAAUAUGUAAAUUAUUACUAUUUUAAUUGUCAGAUACUUUACACGAGCUGUAAAACUGUCAUUGAUGUUGUAGAGAACUUUAUUGCAUACGAAGGAAGAAAAAUAAAAUUUAUAAUAAUUAUUAAAAAAA